AUGUCUUUGCCUUCCUCUCCGAUGCCGGACGACGCGGACAUCACCACACUCCUCGUCGAGCACGCUCGCUCGCAGCCGGACACGAUCGCGCUCCUCUGGCCUGCUGGCGGUGGCGGCUGGGAGCCGCUCACCUACGCCGAGGUCGAGGCGCGCACCGCAGCCUUCUGCGCCGCCUUUUCCUCGCGACAGCUGGCCGCAGGCGCGCGCGUGCAGCUUCUCAUGCGGCCGUGCGCCACCCUCUUCCCGCUCGUGCUCGGCGCCAUCCGCGCCGCCCUCGUCCCGGUCUUUGUCGACCCGUCGAUGCGGCUCGUCAGCGUGGCGGCCGCGGUGCGGCGGGUGGCGCCGGCGGUGGUCGCCGCACCGCUCCCGGUUCACCUCGGGCUCUUCGCGGCCGUCGCGGCCGCGCGCGGCAGCGUCGGGCUCCGCCUCGUGGACGGCGCCCUCGGCGUCGGUGUCGGCCCGACGCUCCGUGCCUUCGAGGCAGAAGGAGCCCGCCACGUCGCCGCCCGCCGCGUCGCCGUCCGGAGCGCGCCCGUCGCCGCCGACACGGCGGCGGCGAUCGUCUUCACGUCGGGCUCCACCGGCCCGCCCAAGGGCGUGGUGAUGACCCACCGCGGGCUGCGCGCGCGCCUCGCCGGCAUCCGCCUGAGCGUCGCCUUCCCGCACGUCCCCGUCACCCGGCCAGCGGCCGCCUCGGCCGAAGCGCUGCUGGCUGCCGUCGCGGCGCUCAAGCCUGCCGCCGUCUCCGCCUCGGUCGCCGUGUGGGGCAAGGUGGCGCGGCUGGCUGAGGCGCGCGGCGAGGCCCUCUCGCUGCCGCCCGGGGCGGCCGUCAGUCCGGCGAUGCUCGAGCGGCUUCGCGCGGCGCUGCCCACCGCUCCGCCGCUGCUCGUCGGCUACGGCGCGACGGAGGCAUUGCCUGUCGCCACCCUCACCGCCGCCGAAGCCCUCUCCGCCGAGGUUGCGGGACGGGCGCGCCGCGGCCACGGCCUCUGCGUGGGCCACGUCGCACCCGGCGCAAAGGAGCUUCCCGCCGGCGAGCUCGGCGAGCUGUGUGUCGCCGGCCCGCUGGUGGCACGCUACUUGGGAGCGGCCGGCGGCGGGGACGAGGCGGCGCUGUGGCACCGCAUGGGCGAUCUCGGCUACGUCGACGCGGCCGGCCGGCUCUGGUUCUGCGGCCGCCUCUCGCACGCUUUUCGCACGCCGCAGCACGGGCUUGUCUUGCCGCUGUGCGCGGAGCUGCUCUUCCUCGACGAGCCGGGCGACCGCGCGCAGAAGCUGCUCGCGCGAGCGGCGGGGACGCGGUGGGAGGGGGUUGUCCAGCUGGUCCUCCCGCUGCCCUCGCUGCCGAUGGACCUGCGGCACAACUCGAAGAUCGACCGGCUGCAGCUCGCCGCCGCCGUCGCACCGCGCGUCGCCCCCCUCCUCGCGUCGGCGUCGCGCCCGCCGCUGCUCCGCACUGAGGAUGUGCUGGCCGCGCAGCCCCGCCGGCUCUUUGCCGCGUGCUGCGCCACCCAGGCCGGCAUCCUACUGCUGCUCGGCCCGGUCGGGCCGGACCUGCUCCGGCUGCAGCUCUGCUUCUCGCCGUCGCGCUUCCGCGCGGCCGUCGCUGGCUGGCGGCCCGGCGGCGAGCUCUGGCACUUCCGGGCGCACUUUCUCCUCGACGCGUGGUAUCCGGUUCUUUACGGGGCGCUGCUGGUGCACCGCGCCGCGGCGCUGCUGCCGGCCGGGAGAAUCCGGCGCCGGCUGCAGGCGCUCGCAACGUUCGGCGCGUGCUGUGACAUCGUCGAGAAUGCGCUUCACAUGCACGCCGCGGCCGCACCGUCCCUCGACGCGGCGCCCGACUGGCUCAUCGUCGCCGCCGCCGCCGCCGCCACGACGAAAUGGGCGGUCAUGCUGCCAGUCUGCUGGAUGCUCCGCCCUGGCUCCGGAUGA